UAUAUCGUAUCGCUUUAACAAGGACUGUUUCGAAACUUGAAAUAUAAUUGCAUUUUUUAUUUGUGUACGGAUUAUUUUCUUUUAAUGCCAUGUUGCUUAUUUUGGUAAUUAUCCACUCUUUUGGAACAUCUCAAGGCUUAGGAAAUGAAUUUGCGUCAUCUUUUUUCGAGAUAGAGAAAGUGUUUCAGUUUCCCAAAAAUGACCCUUCACUUUCUUUAAUACAAGCAAAGUCAUUGCUUUCAUGCAGUUUUCAUUGUCUGAAAUUAGAAUCGCCAUCGUUUUACUAUUUUGAAAAUAAUGCAACAUGUUUCUGUUAUUCCGGUCAUGGCAAUAACACUGAUGAGUAUGGGCAGACUGACAAUGAAAUUAUCUAUGGGAAAAGAACAGAGACGGUGUCAACAACGUAUACUCAAGUAGGCAGUUUAAAGACAAAAAGAAUACACAAGCAACCAGAGCCAGUUGACUGCCUUGAACUUUUUCAACAAGGCUUUACUGAGGACGGUGUUUAUGUGAUUAAACCAACCGGAAGUUCUGCUACUGAUGUGUGGUGUGAUAUGACCGGUGGUGGAUGGACGGUUAUACAACGCCGGCAAGACGGAACGGAAGAUUUCUACAGAAAUUGGGAAGAUUAUAAAAAUGGAUUUGGAAACAGAGUUGGCGAGUAUUGGCUCGGGCUUGAAAAUAUUCAUCAUUUGACAAAAAGCAGCAGUUCUCUUCAUGUAUACAUGGAAACAUUCCAAAAAGACAACAUGGAUCCGUUUUCUGCUUUUGCUGAAUAUUCCACCUUCAGAAUUAAUGACGAGAGUGAUAAAUACAGGUUGACGGUUGGGGGAUAUCACGGCUCGUGUGGUGAUUCCAUGUCGCAUCAUAAUAAUUGCCGAUUCUCGACCAAAGACAGUGACAAUGACGAGUGGUAUGCGAACUGUGUUGAAUACUAUGGUGGAGCUUGGUGGUACAGAGAUUGUCAUACCGUGAAUCUAAAUGGACUUUAUCUGAACGGGGCUAAUACCGCACAUGGUCGUGGUAUUAACUGGCGUUGGUGCUGGAGCUUAGAUUACUCUCUCAAGAAUACUGUAAUGAAAAUUAGAAGAGAUAUGUAAUUUUUCUCUGAUAUUGAAUGUGUAAGCUGCUUAUAUAUUCCGUAAUAACACGGACAUUUUAAUAAACAGUUGAUUGAACCAUAAUGUUUUAUAUCACAUAUUCUGUAUUUAUCUAUUUUAUAUCACAGUCAAUUUAUAUAAAUAUAAUAGUGUCAUCACAAUUUUGGGAAACAGACAUCCCUCGUGAG